CAUGUUACACAUAAAAAACUUCUAACAAUCACUUCUUACAGAUGGUCACACUAGGUUGUUGUAGUGAUUUAUUUAGCACCAAGUUGCAAGCUCUUCAUUUUUAUCCCUCGUGCUCACGACCUCAUGUUCGAAGAAGGCUUUGAGUAUUGGCCUUUACCUCGACCUUCGGCUCGAUUGUCCGUCGGAGCUCGUCGUCUCCGCACAAUUCUAGGAACGCUAACAAUGGUGAAGAUUCGUGGGAUCGAGGAGAGUGUUCUUGUCGACACGACCGAGGAAAGGCCACCACCGCGAAACGGAGAUGGAAAGCUCUUUGCGACGGAGAUGGACUCCUUCAUGGAAGGAGAUUUGGGAGCCCUCAUUUCUUGAGGAGAAAUAUGCAGUGAGACACUAGUGAUCAUUUGAACGUGACAACGACUGGAACAUAUCGUUCCGUGUCAACGCCAUUCGUGCUGACCAUCUCUUUACUGCAUGCUGUGGGAUUGACGGACGACAGCUAAUCAGUCCCAAAAUCAACACUCAUUUCCACCAUUGGAGGAGGUGAAGGUCCCAAGAUCCUCUUAUUUGGUGUGAAAGAACCCAAAAACGCUCCUUCAUCACUGGAGGCGAGAAAUUGGAUCGGCCAUGCGUUCCAACUUCACCGGGUUCCAUAAUGGAUCCAAUGGCGAACUGUUGAAACUGGCCACGUCCAGUUUCGAGGACGUGAUCGAUGAGGCUUUGGUGGAGCCUCCAUUUGAUGGGAGAGUACCUAAUAUGACUGUGAUAGACAACAUGACUUACUGUUGGGACGAAGCUCUACAAAGCUACACGUGGUGUCACCACGAAUAUCAACUUUAUUCCGUACCCUUGGCCGUUAUCCUUUUCUUGUCCUUGUGCUAUGGGUUCAUCUCGUUAGUGGCCAUUGCGGGCAACAUCCUGGUCUUUAUGGUGGUGGCCUUCACACGGUCAAUGCAAAAUGUGACCAACUUCUACAUUGCCAAUCUGGCCUCGGCCGAUGUCAUUAUCGCCGUGUUCUGCAUCCCAUUCCAAUUCUACGCGGCUCUUCUCCAACGUUGGGACUUGCCCGAGUUCAUGUGCAAGUUCUGUCCCUUCACGCAGACCCUCAGUGUCAACGUCAGUAUCUUCACGCUCGUAAUGAUAUCGUUAGACAGAUAUCAGGCCAUUAUGAACCCUUUGGCGGAGCGAUCCACCAAGACCACGUGCAAGCUGAUCAUCCUGGGUCUUUGGGUGUUCAGCGCCAUUCUGGCCCUUCCCAUGAUCUUCAUCUUCGAGUUCACAUAUGUGUUCGACGAGUCGAAUGGAGGCGUCAAACCAUUCUGUAUGUUGGCUUCUUUGUUGGAGGAAGACCCGCAUAAUGGAUUGGAGUCCUCGUUGAAUAACACAACUUUGUCCACUUCGCUGGAGCAUCAUCAGGAACCCGGAUGGGUGGAAAAGAUAAUGACCCUUGAAACGUACAACUUAGCGCUCACGAUCGUUCAAUACGUGUUGCCUUUGUUCAUCAUCAGCUUUGCUUACAUCCGUAUGGGAAUGAAGUUGUGGCUCUCCAAAACCCCGGGAGUCGCUCAAGUGAAACGAGACGAGAUGAUUGUCGUCAACAAGAAGAAGACCAUCAAGAUGCUGGUUGUCGUCGUCACCAUUUUCGGCAUUUGCUGGCUGCCCUGGCAUCUUUAUCAGGUUUCCGUCAUUCUAGUGCCCGAAAUCAACGAGUACCGCUAUAUCAACAUCAUCUUCUUCUUCAGCCAUUGGUUGGCCAUGUUCAACAGCUGCUGCAACCCUUUCAUCUACGCCAUUUACAGCGAGAAGUUCAAGCGAGAGUUCAAGCUGUUUGCCCAUUGCAAGAUCUGCCGGAGGUUUCUGCUUCGGCAAACUUCCAACAACCAUUUCGAGGAUCGCAGUCCCACCUCAAUACGGAUGGGAUUCUCGCUUCAUCAUCAGUUCCAAAAUGGAACAUCGAAGGUCAACAACGUAGGAGGAGCACCUCUCGUCUCGGCCCAACUACCUGCAGUGGCCAAUUCCAACUUGAAACGACACGAGGAACAACUGCAGCGGACUCGAAGUGGUCCCAUUGACCAGAUCCAAGAAACGGUAUUGAGGAGGACAGACAGAUCCCAAUUGUCUGCCUGAAGUGGAACAAGGAUCCGCCAAAUGAAGCGCAGACGCCACUUCAGAACCACCCGAUCUCAGACGGCUUUCAACCAAGCUUCAAAUCUACCUAAAUAUAUGGCUGUAUGGUAUUUUUCCUAGUGAUAUCAAUAAAAUAUUGGAAUCAACU